AUGGACGCAGGAUGUCUUGUUCCCUACUCCUUUCCGCAGAAUUCCUUUCUGAGCACCUUGAAGAUGAGCAUGCAGACCCCGCCCACACUCCUGGAGCUGGCAGCAAAGCGCCUGCUGAGGGACCAGGCCUCGGCCAUCGCAGCUCUGGAGCACCUGCCCGCCGAGCUCUUCCCGCCUCUGUUCCUCCUGGCCUUCCACAGUAGACAGCACCAGGAGUCCCUGAAGGCAAUGGCCCGAGCCUGGCCCUACCCGGUCCUCCAUCUGGGCGGCCUGAUGCGACGGCCUCGGGUCAAGGUCUUAAAAGCCGUGUUGGAUGGGCUUGACGUUCUGCUUGCCCAGGAGGUUCGCCCCAGGAGGUGCAAACUGCGGGUGCUGGAUUUAAGGAACCUGGGUGCAGACUUCUGGAGAAUGUGGUGUGGAGACAGCACCCAGAAGCACUCAUCGAUGGUACCAGUGGCUGUGCACAGGUCCAGCCCCAACAUGGAACACCCCUUAGCUCCCGUGGAGGUGUUCCUAGACCUUAACUUCAAUGAAAGGAAGAGGGAAGAGUUUUUCAUGUACGUCAUCCAAUGGGCCCAGCAGAGGGAAGGGCUGGUACACCUGUGCUGCAAGACGCUGAGGAUUGCUGUGGUGCCCUUCCAGAGGCUGAGGCAGGUCCUGGAUGCGGUGCAGCUGGACUGCAUCCAGGAGGUGGAAGUGAACUGCAUCUGGGACCUGCCCACCCUGGGGACGUUUGCUCUUUAUAUGGGGCAGAUGGGGAACCUGCAGAAACUCUCUCUCUCCUACAUCCAACUUUUGAGUGACGAGGAUGAGGAUGAAAAUGAGGAUGAAAAUGAGGAGGAGAAUAUAGAAGAGGAGGAAGAACUGGAGGAAGAGGAGGAGUGGCAGAGGGAAGAGCAGGAGGACCAGGAGGAGCAAGAGGAGCAGGAGGAGGCAGAGGAACAGGCAUCCUUUUCCCAAUUCCUGUCUCAGAUGCUCAGGCUGCAGCAUCUCCGAGAGCUCGACAUGAAUUCCCCCUCCUUCCUCCGAGGUCGUUUGGACCAGAUGCUCAGGUGCCUGCAGACCCCCUUGGAAAAAUUUGCCAUAAGUCAUUGCCAGCGCCUGACCCAUUCAGACCUGACACACCUGUUCCAGUGCCCGAACCUCAGGCAGCUGAAGUCCCUGCGUCUGUAUUGUGUCAGCCUCGCUGACUUUAGUCCUGAGCCCCUCCGAGCUCUGCUGGAGGCUGUGGCACCCACCCUCCAGGACCUGGGCCUCGAUAACUGUGCCAUGGUGGACUCCCAAAUCGAGGCCAUCCUGCCUGUCCUGAGCCGCUGUCACCAGCUCAGUUUCUUCACCAUCUCUGAGAACCGCCUGUCUUUGGCCACCGUGGAGAAGCUGCUGCGUCACACAGCCAGGCUGCGCAGCUUAGAGAUGGAGCUGUACCCCGUCCCCCUGGAGUGUUACACGACCCAGGACACUGUCAACCAGGAGAGACUUGACGCUAUCCAAGCUGAGCUGACGGGAAUACUGAGGGAGUUAGGACAGCCCAGGUCCAUCCUGCUUGUCACCAAGCACAGUGGCUACAGGGAAUAUUAUGAUGUGGCAUUUUCAUGCCAGGGAGCCUGUUCUGUGCCCCUGUAAUGACUCUGCUC